ACAAAGUGACAUUAGCAUCUGUCAGAAAAUUCGCACGAUUAAUGAUUAUAAUUCCAAUAAUACAUUGUAAUCUUUGAUUAUAAUAUAGUUGGUUUUUUACUCUUUGUUAUUAAUCUGUGACUUUGUGGGUGUAUUUUUUUAAAUUUAAAUAUCAUAAUCUGUGGUGUGGUGUAUUUGUUUUCGUUUAUGUAAGAUAAAGAAAUCGGGAAAAAAUCGAUUAAAGUUAUUAAUUUUAAUUUAUUUUAUGCUAAUUCCUAACUGCAACUGGAUAGUAGAUGCCGUUACCGUGUUACGAUACUCUACGGCCUACGCUCAACGCUGCAUACUUAAAAUUUGGAGCAAGACAACGAGCCAAGAGGCUGUAAUUUAGUGCUCACUUAUCGUUUAUUGUGCAUAAAAAUCUAUUCUAUAGCAAUAGCAAUCUGUAUUCUAGCCGCUGGCGCUUGAUAGAGCAGUCUACAGAGAGACCAAAGAGCUGUUGUUCUUUGCGGCCUUAAUUAUUCUUGAAGCAACACAAACUUACCAGCAAUGCAGUGCUGCGUACCUUUCUGCGCAAACACUUCAGACAAUGCGUCAACAUCUGAGGGAACAGGAAUUACCUUUCACAAGUUACCCAGUGAUAAACAUCUGCAUGCAGCUUGGCUCAGAGCCCUCGGCAUACAAGACCAUCACCUGCCCGACCCUGCUGUGGUCUGCUCACAGCAUUUAUUAGAUAAAGACUUUUAUAAAGCAGAGAGUGUGCGGCACAUUCACAUUAAUGCUAUACCUUCAACAGUGCAGAUGUGCAUGAUAUGCCUGCACACUGACAGCAAGCUGUCUCUGAUGAGUAAACUCAAGAUGGAGGAGGCAUACAAGCAGCUGACUGGACUGUCUUUGUGUUGUGGAGGAAGUCUGCAGCAAACACUCUGUGUGCUGUGUGCUCAGAGAUUAAUUAACUUCAGUAGAUUUAGAGACUUGAGCUUGAGAGCCCAUUCACUGAUGACAGAUUUGCUUGAACAACGUGAGUCAAUUACUGUACAACAUAUGGAAACUUUAUACUACGCAACAAUACAUCUGCAGUGUAACUUAUCACAGACAACAUUAAGAGCUGACCAUUGCGACUUGUACAUAGAUCACACUGAUGAAGAGGAACAGACAGCAGCAGAGGAAUCUGUUGUGGGAGAUGUUGCAGUUGUGAAGAACGAAUACAGUACUGACUUCACAUCAAAUGCUGAUGACUCGAAAUUGGUGCACAAAGACAAUGACAUAGACAUGUCCAACAGUGUAUCUGAUGAUAAAUACUCUGACAUGAGUAUAAAGUUGGAACCAAGGCUGGUGGAUGAAGCUAUAGAUGCCCUUGAAACGGAACACAUGUCCAGAAAAGAGAUUUGCAUAAAGACUGAAAAUGUUGUCUUCGGAUGUACAUUAUGUUUUGAAGAUUUUGUGCAAGAGAAUGUAUACAAAGAACAUAUGAUCAUGCAUCUCCAGAACACUGCAUGUGAUGCAUCACAAGUGUGCGAGCCUCGUGCAGCUGGAAGCUGCUGCGACUCAUUGGUGCUGGAUAACAAGACAGAUUCUGCUGCUGUUUUACAGGACAGAUUCUGCUGCUGUUUUACAGGACAGAUUCUGCUGCUGUUUUACAGGACAGAUUCUGCUGCUGUUUUACAGGACAGAUUCUGCUGCUGUUUUACAGGACAGAUUCUGCUGCUGUUUUACAGGACAGAUUCUGCUGCUGUUUUACAGGACAGAUUCUGCUGCUGUUUUACAGGACAGAUUCUGCUGCAGUUUUACAGGACAGAUUCUGCUGCUGUUUUACAGGACAGAUUCUGCUGCUGUUUUACAGGACAGAUUCUGCUGCUGUGUUACAGGACAGAUUCUGCUGCUGUUUUACAGGACAGAUUCUGCUGCUGUUUUACAGGACAGAUUCUGCUGCUGUUUUACAGGACAGAUUCUGCUGCUGUUUUACAGGACAGAUUCUGCUGCUGUUUUACAGGACAGAUUCUGCUGCUGUUUUACAGGACAGAUUCUGCUGCUGUUUUACAGGACAGAUUCUGCUGCUGUUUUACAGGACAGAAAGUCAGUGGCUGCAUGAUGACCCUUAUCCGGCUGCAGACUGCGAUCAGGAUUUAG